AUGUCGUCAUACGAAAGAUUGAAUAGCGAUCAAGGAGUUGAAAGUGAAAGACAAAGAUGCUCAAACACAAAUAAAAUCUCUUUAUUUGUAUGGAUAGCUGUACUUAUUUUGGUUGGAUCUGUAAGUGGAGCUCUGACAAGAUCUCAGAUUAAAAAUUGGUAUACCACAUUAAAUCGCUCCCUCUCUUACGCCACCAAAUAUUAACUUAAAUAUAGAGAAGUCCGUAAUUCCCUACCUCGACCAGUAACGCCCCACUCGGCUGUUCACCAACAACUUUCUCACGGCCUUUAAAGUGUUGCUACUUCUGUACGAGGAUGUGCACUCGCUAUCCGAAGUUGUAUGAGUUGCCCUACCGUGCCGUUCACCAACAGAGUUGUCUUUUCCGAAAAUUUGAAAAACAAAUUUUCUGGUCUGACUCACGACCAAAAUGGAAAUCCAAAGCAUGGGACGUAUCCCAGUUUCACGCUAGAAAGUUGCCCGAUUGACCAAGUGGAUGUCCUUGGUAUAGCUGAGCCUCCCCUUUCCAACCUUGGAAGCCAUUUCCCCUGAGCUAAAAACCUUGACAUCAGAAUGGGCUGCGGUCAACCAAAUUUUACGCUGCGCUCCACUGCAUCAAGGAAAACCCUAGCCAGAUACACACACCGAUCACCAGACUCCCUUCCAUAAGGUCCCGACAUAAUUGGCUACAGGUGUUAAGAAAAAGGGCUGGUUCGCCGUCGCCAUUUUAAUAUAUACCCCUCUUACGCCACCAAAUAUUGUGUUUCCGAUUGCUUGAACAACUUUGUACACAAUGAUAACAUGAUAAUAAAAUGGCUCAGUGCGGAAUUAGUUCUCUCCGAGGACUAUUCCUCCCUUCGCUUUUAUUAUUAUUAUGAGGUUUAGCUCUCCACAUGGACUUUUAUCCGCAACACUAAUAUGGAAUACUGCAUAGGGUAUUUAUUUGGUUAAGUAUUAAGAGACAUAUGGUUCAUCUGCUUGACACACCCGAGUAGGGUGACCCUUAGGUGAAACACACGCAGAAGUCAAGUUCGGGCGAGGCAACGCGGCUAGUGCUGACCUUCUGGUCUGACGAGAGUGUCUUCUGAAACCCUUGCUAAACAAGAUGGCCGCUGACGUCGCCGGUUGGGAGUUAAAAGGAUGGGCUUAUACAUGCCUAAAUCAUCCUGAAGAGGAAAGACGCUUAAAAUGCCUGAGUAAUUAAUGUAACGUAUACAAUGAUAGCUAUAUGCGGCUGGAUGAUUUGGAAAGCACCAUUGUUCCCUAAGAUCAAGCUUAUCAAGGAAUUAUACGUGCUGCAGCUAAUUCUGAACUGGAGCUGGACGCCCUUGUUUUUUUCUUUUCAUUUGACUGGCUGCUCACUUUUAGUUAUAGUGAUUAUGGAUGUCGCUGUUAGCUUAAUUAUUUAUUUGGCUUAUCAAAACCUUAGAAAAGUCUCAUAUCUCAUGACUCCUUAUUUACUGUGGAUUUUAUUUGCCACUUACCUAAACUUUUAUAUAUGGCAACAUAAUUAA